AUGAUUUGCCCUUAUAAUCCGCGAUCAUUGUUGAUCGUCUGUGCAGAUUCGUGGAUGUUGUUCGAUCCGUCGGAUUUUACGCUGAUUUGCUCAGUUCCCUGCGAAAACAGCGAACAGUGGCUGGGAGGACAGUUCGCAGCCAUCGACAAGGUUUUUUGUUGGUGUUCUGAUGGAGUAUGCUACCUGCACCAGUUGCCGAGAAGGAAAUUAGAGCCCAACAAAGAGCUCAUGGAUCUGCAGGAGCCACUUUGUUACUGCGUCGUGCGAGUGUUGCCUGAAGAACUCCAAUUGAACGUCUUCGAACCCGUAUAUUUCUAUGCCCCAGGAACCUCACAGAGUGCAGAAAGCUUGCUUUUUCGUGCAGAUUCAGCAGGAAUGGUGUCGAUCUGGGCAUUGCCUGAAAUAACCGAUGAUAUUGUCGUGGCUGUUUUGCGCAAAAAAGCUCACCCCCUUCCGGAACUCUUUCCAGUGGCCUUGAUGAGCAUCUCCAAGCACUGGCGGAAAGUUUCAGUGGCUCCGUCGGGAAUCGCUGGUCGAUGGGUCUAUGCGCUCAAUUUAGAGGGUGAAUACGAUUCCUUCCUUGAGGGAGUGAAGUGUGCUCUGUAUGAAGUGCCGCCUACGGAGUCCUUCAUUCUAAUGGGCAAUUUCAAUUAUCAUGUCAUAGCAGACACUCAGAAACGGAAAGGAGUGAUGGGAAAGAAUGGUCUUAGCGAUUUGAAUAAUAAUGGCAUGAAUCUGUUUCGGCUUUGUGCAUACAACGGACUGUCUGUUAUGAGCACUUUCUUCGAGCAUCGAGGCGUGCAUCAUUAUUACUGUCAUAUGGAAGAUCAUGCAAAGAAGUCGAUGGUCGAUUUGAUAAUGGUGCAUGGCAAUCAACCGAUCAUCACCUUGUUGUUGGUAUGCUACACGGUUAAACUUGGAGUACUAUUCGACGACCUGACGGUAGAGGCUAUCAGAGCAUCAAAUGGGGCACAUUGUCUUCUGCUGCCAAAGGUUGCUCACUCGGUAUGCAGUAUUGCCGGCGAUGGCUCUGUGGCGUUGCUGAAUCUCAAGGAGCGUCGAUGCGUUUUGCUCGCCAGCAGGCACUAUUAUCCGGUGAAAAACAUCUACUGGAGAACUUCUGACGAUUAUUUGAUUGUGGAGUGCGAGGAUCGCUCGGCGUACGUGUGGCAGAUUGAAACAGGGCAUCUGGAUCGAGUAUUAACCGGUUUGAAUGCAGAGCUGGUUUUAGCCCCGCUGCAGCAGCAGAAGGACAUUCAAAAGACGAUUUCUUCAUCGUCGAUCUUGUCGCCCUCACGUUCGUCGUUAUUUCGUGUAAAAUACGGAUUUCCGCUUGAUUUUGUCACCGUCAAGACGAAAAGCAGCGACUUCACCGUUGUUUUGUUCAACAUUGAGUCGCUCAUUCUGUCCCUGUUAACCGGCGAAGAAGGUGUCAGACUCGUCACCGAUGCAGAAGACAGGAAAGAAGUUAUAUCAAGGCUGAGCGAAAACUUUAAGUUUUGCCUGCAGAUCUCAAGGUUGUUUUUGUCCUUGUUCUUUGGCUGGGGACUGAACCAAUCGCUGAGCAAAGACUUCUCGAUGGCAUUCGGUUUACGGCCUCCUGACAUGCCGGUAAGCCGUGGUUUCAUAUCGUUUGGUGGUCAGUGUGCUUUUGCGUUCCCUAUGGAGUCUGACGUUUCCGGAGAAUCAGCUCCGCCAAAGACACUGAUUGUGAACGAUGCUCUGGCUUCCAUUGCUAUAGUGCAGACGCUACUAUCGAUGAACCCCGUGUUGUUACUCCAGUUUAAAACACCUAGCAGAUUAUCGUUUAAAGACAGCAAGCUGCCGAAGGAGGUCGAAGAUGGCUCACUGAAGCCCAACGACUCCACCGAGGAGACCAAGCUGCAGGACGUGUUGAAACGAGUAAAGACUUUUCAUUAUGUGACAGUGCCGAUGUUGGUCGAUCAGAAUCGCUACAGCGCGGUGCGGCUUAUGUUGCUGGCUUGCCGAUGGAUGGAGCGAUGCCCUCAGUUGAGAGAGGCUUCGCAGCUGUUUCUCUCCUCUGAGUUGAAACGCAUUGGACCAAAUGGGCGAAAAAUUCUUAUCGACGACUGGGCUAUGCUCCUUCCGCUGGUCGUCAGUCCGGCAACCAGCAUUUUCGACACGCACGUUUUGAAUCCACCUGACGGGACAACGCGUGGGGUGUCAGCGGAAGAAACAGUUUCGAAGGAAACUUCUAACGGCAACGCGAAAGUUGUCAAUCUUGCUGCUGAAGAGAUCAGUAUUGAGUUAUUCGAAUCAACUGUCCAGCGACAGCAGUCGGCAGCAGUUGUUUUGCUCGCAUUGGUUGGUAGUCAGUACGGAAAAGAGAUGCAGUUCAGCUUGACCGCCUCCACCCAUAAGCUGAACACGGUGGAAUCGUUUUCGGCCAAAAACAGUUCCUUGGCGUGGACGACAGGUAAAAUGGUUUAUAUUUCGCACAGAACAACUACUCUCUUCUUAAAUACGGCUGAACAGACUGAUUCUGCUUUGGUACAGAGUAACGAUUUAUGAAC